UCCAGUCGGAAGUACAACUUGAGUUGUGCUCCACGUGAAUUGAUGACAUUUACAUUUUUAUUCAGCUCUUUCACUUCAUCGGACGUAGUUGUGUGCUAUACAGCAGUGCUGUUGUCGUGUGGAUUUAUUACAAUUAGUCUUUUUAACAUUUAUCCCUGGCUCAUUGUAGUUCCUCUAGUUAGCUAGCAAGCUAGCCAACAGGUUAGCAUUACCUGUCGUUGUUGACAGUCUGUCAAUACCUCGGGUUUUGCUAGUUUAGUCUGCAAUUAUGCUACAAGUCGUGUACGUACUGUGACAACAUCGUACACUUUGCCAUUGCGUAAAUUGUUUUCACCAUGGGGCACACCAGCCUGGAUAAGAUCACUUCACUACAGAAAAAUCCUGCCAACAUUAGGAACCUUUGCAUCCUGGCACAUGUUGACCACGGCAAAACCACUUUGGCGGAUUGCUUAGUGGCAAGCAAUGGUAUUAUAUCGAGUAGGCUCGCAGGGAAGCUCAGGUAUUUGGACAGUAGAGAGGAUGAGCAGAUCAGAGGAAUUACAAUGAAGUCUAGCGCCAUCUCUUUGCACCAUAGAGAAGGUGAUGAAGAUUACUUGCUGAAUUUGAUUGACUCUCCCGGCCAUGUUGACUUCUCUUCUGAGGUCUCCACUGCUGUGCGGCUGUGUGAUGGUGCCAUUGUUGUUGUUGAUGCUGUGGAGGGAGUAUGUCCUCAGACCCAGGUUGUGCUGCGACAGGCGUGGUUGGAGAACAUCAGGCCGGUUCUGGUCAUUAAUAAAAUUGACCGACUCAUCUUGGAGCUGAAGCUCACCCCUCAGGAAGCUUACGGCCACUUACAGAAGAUCCUGGAACAGGUGAAUGCAGUGACAGGAAGCUUGUUCACGUCCAGAGUGUUGGAGGAGCAAGCAGAGAAGACAAAAGAAGGGGAAGGGAGUGCAACACAGACAGAAGAUCAAGUGUAUGACUGGAGUGCAGGGCUCGAGGAAGCUGAUGACUCUCAUCUCUACUUCUCGCCUGACCAAGGGAACGUGGUCUUUGCCAGCGCUAUCGAUGGAUGGGGCUUGAGCAUCCAACACUUUGCCCACAUCUACAGCCAGAGGAUGGGCAUCAAUGCAGGUGUGCUUCUCAAAACCCUCUGGGGAGAUUUCUACCUCAAUGCAAAAGCUAAGAAGAUCAUGAAGGGAGCUCAGGCCAAAGGCAAGAAGCCUGUCUUUGUGCAGCUUGUGCUGGAUAACAUUUGGAGUUUAUAUGAUGCAGUUGUUACCCGGAGAGACAAGGAGAAGAUUGAGAAGGUGGUGGCAUCACUCGGAGUGAAGGUGAUGGCCAGGGAUUCUCGUCACUCCGACCCCAAAGUCCUGCUGUCUGCGAUAUGCAGCCAGUGGUUACCUGUGUCUCACGCUGUCCUCUCCAUGGUAUGUCGCAAGCUUCCCAGUCCGUUGGACAUAGCAGCAGAGAGGGUGGAGAAGCUGAUGAGCGUAGGAGUGCGGCGGUUUGAUGCCUUGCCGGAGAGGACGCAGGAAUUGAAAAAUGCAUUUCUCCAAUGCUCCAGCAAUGAAAAUGCUCCUGUGAUAGUUUUUGUAUCCAAGAUGUUUGCUGUGGACACAAAGGCCUUACCUCAGAACAGACAAAGGCCGUUGACUCAGGAAGAGAUUGCUCAGCGCAGACAAGUGGCGAGACAAAGACACGCUGAAAAGCUGGCAGCAUCAGGACCACAAGACCAUCAAGACAAGUCACUCCAGAGUCAGCCAGAAGCACUCAACAAGGAUGAGAUGGAAACUGGAGUUAUGGAGGAGUCCACACCAGGGGAGGCAGAGGAGAAAAAGGAGACCUUCAUCGCAUUUGCCAGGGUGUACAGCGGGGUGGUGAAGAAAGGACAGAGAAUAUUCAUACUUGGACCAAAAUAUGAUCCUGCGCAGGGUCUGGCCAUGCUGCCAGAAGGAUGCAGUGCUUCUGAUUGCGUGCCUGAGGUUCCUCAUCUGUCCUGUUGUUCCAUUGAAAACGUCUACCUGCUGAUGGGCAGAGAACUGGAAGAGCAAGAGGAGGUGCCCGCCGGCAAUGUGCUGGGCAUUAAAGGUUUGGAGGAGUUUGUUUUGAAGUCAGCGACCCUUUCCACUUCACCAGCUUGCCCACCCUUCACCCCACUCAACUUUGAAGCCUCGCCCAUUGUACGAGUAGCGAUAGAACCAAAACACCCAAGUGAGAUGCCAAAGCUGGUGCGUGGGAUGCGACUGUUGAACCAGGCAGACCCCUGUGCUGAAGUGCUAAUACAGGAGACGGGGGAACAUGUUUUGGUCACGGCGGGAGAGGUUCAUCUCCAGCGCUGCCUUGACGACCUCAAAGACCGGUUUGCGAAAAUCGAGAUCAGCGCAUCAAAGCCCAUUAUUCCAUUCCGAGAAACAGUGGUGCGCCCUCCCAGAGUGGACAUGGUGAAUGAAGAUCUUGGCAAACAGCAAAAAGUUGCCAUCAUUCACCAGGUAAAGGAGGAAGGUUCUCAUGGCUGUUCUUCAGAGACACUUCAUGUCGAUGCCAGCGGGUUGGUCACGCUCACCACUCCCAACAAACUGGCCACUGUCAGCGUUCGGGCAAUCCCCUUGCCACCAGAGGUCACUCGUCUUUUGGAAGAUAGCUCAGUGCUGAUUCGGACUUUGGAACAAGUCAACAUGUCCUUGAAGGAGGGGAGAAAUCUAGACGUCAGUGUCAGGACCUUGGAAGCCAUCGCUGAUCUCAAGGCCCAGCUGGGGAGCAUGCUGCAAGGGAGGAAGUGGAGGAAUGCUGUGGACUACAUCUGGGCUUUUGGACCUCGCAGGUGUGGCCCAAACAUUCUGCUGAACAAUGUGGAGGGCUAUCGGCGACCCUCUCUGUGGCAGUGUCUGUGCAGGGAAGAUAAAUCUGGGGAAGCGGAGGCUCAGGCACGGAUCGUACGUGAGUUGGACAACAGCAUCGUGAGCGGCUUUCAGCUCGCAACGCUGUCAGGGCCAAUGUGUGAAGAGCCCCUGAUGGGGGUCUGCUUCUCUAUUGAGAGAUGGGAUAUCCAGUCUUCAAACUUCCCAAAUCAGCACAACACUGCAGAAGAAAAUGCCACAUCCCAAGAGGCUUUGGGAGCUAGCAAAGCACCAGAGAACACUGAUGCAUCAGCGCAGAGUCAAGGCAAGCGCCGGCAAGAGGCUUCCUCUGCAGACUGCUACGGGCCCGUGUCAGGCCAGCUGAUUGCUGCCAUGAAGGAGGCAUGCCGCCAUGCUUUCCAGGCACAACCCCAGAGACUUAUGGCCGCCAUGUACACCUGUGAAAUCAUGGCCACGGCCGACGUUCUGGGCCGAGUAUAUGGUGUUCUCGGAAAACGAGAGGGACGCGUCCUCCACGAAGAAAUGAAGGAAGGGACAGACAUGUUCAUCAUCAAGGCUGUUCUUCCUGUCGCUGAGAGUUUUGGCUUUGCAGACGAAAUUCGCAAGAGGACCAGUGGACUGGCCAGCCCGCAGCUGGUCUUCAGUCAUUGGGAGGUGAUCAGCAGCGAUCCCUACUGGGUUCCGACCACUGAGGAAGAAUACUUGCACUUUGGAGAGAAAGCCGACUCCACCAACCAGGCGCUCAAAUACAUGAACGCUGUCCGCCGCCGAAAGGGCCUCUUUGUGGAGGAAAAGAUAGUUGAACAUGCAGAAAAACAGCGAACCCUAAGCAAGAACAAAUAAGCACACAAAAUGAUCUUUCUGACACACCGGA